AUGGAUCCCGUGGGGGAUCCAGACCCGGGCGGGUCUGGUCACCCACCUUAUGUAAGCCACACUGUAACUAUAUCCCAAAAUGACGAGUCUAGCGUGGAUACGGGCAUGGAUACUGAUGGCUCCAUGACCGUUGACCGCAGUUUACAGGAAACCUGGCUAAAACCUGAAUAUACAUUUAAGAUUUCAGGUUACGCUUGCCUCAGAGAAGAUAGAUCUGAUGGUCAUGACGGCGUAGCUCUACUUGACUCUGAAACACAAUGUGCUGAAGCACUUGCCAAAGCAUUUAUUGAAGUCGCCGAUGAAAUUUUCCCAAUAAAAAGCAGACCCUCUGGUUACAUCCCAUCCCCUCCGUGGUGGGAUAGUGAUUGCACAGAAGCUAUCAGAAGGAGAAAGGAAGCAGAAAUAAUAUACCGUGAAUUGUCUACAGAUGAAAAUUUUAAUUCAUUAUCUAUAAUUAUGAAAGAAACUAGAAAGUUAUUUAAGAAAAAAAAGUAUGAAAGUUGGAAGGAUUUCUGCUUGGCUCUGUCUCCUGAUACUCGGCCAUCCCUAGUGUGGCAGAGUAUCAGAAGAUUUAGAUCCGCUUUCAGAGAUACUAAUUCAGGUUUCCUUCCUUCUUCUUUGAUUGAUCCUUUCUUGGAUCGGCUGGCGCCUCCUUUUGUGCCUCAGAACAUUAUAUUACCGGCUAUAUCUCCGACUACUUUUGGUAUCGGCAGUCUUUUUUCUCUUGAAGAGCUCAAGGGUGUUCUAUCACAGGUAAAAGAUUCUGCCCCGGGCUGCGAUGGGAUCCCGUAUUCCUUCUUGAGUCAUUUAAAUGAUAAGGCCCUUUCAUACUUUCUUGAACUCAUCAAUUCAAUUCUAAUCACUGGUAAUAUCCCAUCUGCUUGGAAGAUCCAAACAAUAAUCCCCAUUCUCAAACCAAAUAAAGAUCCUUCUGAGGCUACCAAUUACCGCCCCAUUGCUUUAUCUUCAGUUCUGAUGAAGAUUGCAGAGCAUCUGGUUAAGAUACGCCUUGAAUGGUACAUUGAAAAUGGGAAGUUGUUGGGUAGCAAGCCUUUCAGUUGGUAA